UACAAUACAACCAGUUAUUUAUUUCUAGUAUUUUUUUUUGUUCGCUAUUGAUUUGUUACUCAUCUAAUUUGUAAUCGUAAUUUUUUGAUUUUUUAAAUUAUUUUUUUUGUUAUUAGCUUAUUUUGUAGGAAAAGUAUUUUGUAAGUUAUAAUAAUUGUGUGGAUACAUUUUUUGAUCAUUGUCAUUUUCCGUUUUUGACUCAUGGUUCAUACCUCGUGUAGCUCUAGCCUCUAAGUGCCUGCAUUCUGUUCUCUAAAAUCAUUUGUCUUUUGUGUUUAACAAAAUAUCGAUGGAGGAAUAUUCCGAAGAAAUCAUUUGUUGUUCUCAGUGGAUUAAAAAUGGAAAAUUUGAAAAAGUAUGCAUUCAAUUACCGGACUACAUGUUGUGCAAAAGUGUAUCAAUUUCAUCAGAAUUUGAAAGACUGCUGGAUCGGCGAGUAUAUAUACUAGGCGAUACUUCUUAUGGCAGCUGUUGUGUUGAUGAAACAGCUGCUCAACACAUAGCUGCUGAUUGUGUUGUUCAUUUUGGAAAAUCAUGUCUGACACCAAAUAGUCACCUUCCUGUCUAUUAUAUUCUUCCUAAGCAGCCAUUAGACUAUAUUCAAUGCGCCAAUUUGAUAAUCAAAACCUUUGAAACUGAAGAGGGACUGGUUUUGGUACUGUACGAUGUGGCUUAUCAUCAUAUCCGUGACAAUUUGGCCAAAUCAUUAUCAUCUACAAAGUCGAUAAUAUUAUCCGAUAUAGAUUUAAAGGAAGACAAAAAAACUAGUUGUACUGUAUCCAAUGACCAUGAAUAUACAAGCAUAUUUGGAAGACGAUUUCUUAAUUUAAAUUAUAAAAAUAUUGUUUAUAUAACUAAUGAUAACUAUAUGAACAACGUCGAUAGAUUUAUAUUAGAGAAAAAAGAAUGUCAAGUAUACAUUUAUCAAAAUAGCUGUAAUGUGUUAACACAACGAACCUUAACAUCAGUUAUAAAAAAAAAAAACUUUAUUAAAGAAAAGAUAAAAGAUUCUACUCAUAUUGGAAUACUCAUAUGUAGUUUAAGCAUUAAAGAUUUACUUGAGCGUAUUAAUAGAGUUAAGUGUUUGUGCAAAAAGACAAACAAAAAAUGUUAUAUUUUUUCUGUUGGACGUCCUAAUGUUGCCAAAUUAGCCAAUUUUCCAGAAAUUGAAAUAUUUGUGAAUAUUACUUGUGCGGAAGGAGUCAUAGAAAAUCAAAAAGAAUAUAUGCAACCAAUUGUUAAUAUUGAUGACAUUGAAUUGGCUUUGGAGUCUGAAGACACUAGUGAUUUACCCGAUAUAUCUUUAGUAACCAACAAAUUAAGAAACAUUACAAUGCCUAAAGAGGAAAUUGAGUUGUCUUCAGCAUUAAAUGUCAGAAGAGAUAUGUCAUUAUCGAUAGUCACUCAAAAUAGAACAUGGACCGGACUCAAUCCACAUGAUACACGACCACCAAUUAUAAUAGCAACAGAAGGAAGAAAAGGCACACCGAGCUCUGGAUAUAUCACAUCUGAUUCAGAAUACCGUAGCUAAAGAGAACAUUUUAUGAAUGUUUUUCCAAAACAUUAACAUAUUUCUAUUUAAGUUCAAGAACAUGAUAAAAUAAUAUUGUUCAAAUUAUUAGUAAAGGAUUUGUUAUUAAAUAAUA